AGUCUUGGUUGUGUUUUUACCGGCUGCGUAGGCGACCAGCCCGCGUUAUUCUCUCGCAGUCGAUCGGACGCGUCGGAGUGUUAUAGUUUAUUGCCGUGAGGGUAUCAAGUAAAUUGUGGCUCAUUGACGGCGAUUUAUACGUGUUGACUAUCUUUUGUCGCGUGCUUAAGGACUUUUUGUGUUACUACGGUGUGAAGUGAAAGUAUUCCUCAAAAAUUUUCACCAUGGGUGUAUCCGACCACACGGAGCUCCCGGACCCGGAGCGGCCCGGAUCCGGCUCGGGCCCGGACGACGACGACACGCCGCGCCGGAAACAGCGCCGGUACCGGACGACGUUCACCAGCUAUCAGCUCGAUGAGCUUGAGAAGGCGUUCGGACGGACGCACUAUCCGGACGUUUUUACUAGGGAAGAACUUGCUUUGAAAAUCGGACUUACUGAAGCUAGAAUUCAGGUAUGGUUCCAAAACCGGCGAGCGAAGUGGCGUAAGCAGGAGAAGGUGGGGCCCCACGCACACCCGUACAGCGGGUACCUGGGCGGGGGACAACCGCUGCCCACGUCCGCCACGCUGCCACCGGCGCCGCACCCGCUCAGCCAGCUUGGCUUCGGCCUUAGGAAGCCGUUUGAUACCGCCUUAGCCAGUUUUAGGUACGCCAGCUCCCCCCUCUUCGGCGCCCAAUACCUCCCCCCACUAUCUCGACCACCCCUAUUCGGCGCCCCGCUAUACGCUACCUCUCCUCACUUCCACUCCAUCUUCGCCAACCUAACCGCGCCCGAACCGCCCCGACUAUCCCCCGAACAUUCCCGACUGUCCGAGCACAGUCGAAUGUCGGAGCAAAGCCGACUGUCAGAUGUUUCUAAAACGCCAGAGAACCGUCUAUCACCGGGGCGUUUAUCUGUGGAAGUUACCUCCCCCGCCCCAUCCGUUUCACCCCCGAUCUCGCCUGGAAGCGAGUCGAUACCGCAAGCGAUAGAAGACGUGCGGAGUUCGAGUAUUGCCGCUUUGAGAUUAGCGGCCCGCGAACAUGAACUAAGGCUGGAGCUUUUGAGACAGCGGGCUGACUUGAUUUGUUGAUAUUUUCAGUUGGUGUUUGAG